AUGAACAUCAAUGAUUUUGUAAUACUCCCAGGCUCAAAAACUGGAACCUCGGUGAGAUCAAAAGCAAAAACUGUCAGAGAAUUACAGUUGGAGAAAAUGCAGUUAGAAACAGAAAACAAAGAGAUGGAGAAGAAAUUACGGCAACUACAGUCAAACAUGAGCAGAGAAAAAGAAGAGAGAAAGAAAUCAAGUGCUUAUUAUUGGAAAUAUGGACAGGCAGGACCGAUGACCAUCCGAGCCCGAGUUUUGUCACAAAGCAAAGAAAACAAUAAUAAGGUUUCUUCAGGAAAAGUGAGGUUGCAAAUACUCAAAGAACAGAUUCAAGAGCCAGUGAAAGAACUAUUUAAGCAUGAAAUGGCAAAUGCUGUAGCUCAUGAAAAAUCUGAAGAGAAGGGGGUAGCGCGGGGACCACCUGAAAUAAAGAAUGCACUGCUGCAGACAGAAGCUGAUAUACAUGUUGGAAAAUUGGAGGUCGUUGAUCACUUCAUCAAGGAAGUAAAUCUGAGUGAAUCGAAAAUUAAUCAUGAGCAGCAGAAAGUAAAUAGCAAGCAUCAGGUCACAUCGGACAAGUUGUCAUCUCUCGUAGCAUCGGUAGGCAGUGCUGAGGAACUGUCCUCAGAAUCAACCUGUACAGGCCUCGAAAAUCAGGACAAAGGAUUAUUACUAAACGGUCUAUUUAACGAGGAGGAAUCUGCAAAGGCUUUUCAGGAAGCUUUGCUUCAGUGGAGAAAGGGUAAUCGUGAUCACAGAGAACAACUGCGUGCCAGUGAGGUCCUUCUAAUAGAAUCUGUGGGAAUUCAUGAGGUGCAGACCAAUCUUACUGUUAUGAAGGAACCUAUCCAAAUUGAAUUCAAGAAGGAUGGCCUGAGCUACAUGGAGAAACUCUUGCUUAAGAAAUACAGAAGAACCCCUGUUGAUCAAAUUUCUGGCAGCUGCAUUAAAGAUUUAAGGCCUGUGCAAACACUGUGUGUACAUCAGGCUGUGAUUGGAGGAGUGGGAGAAACAGAUGAUGAUGAUGAUGAUGUCAGUGACUUAACAGUUGAAGAGGUGAAGAGAUAUUGGACAUCUGUUUUUAGAGAGGAAGUACCUAGCGCUAUUUCUGAAAGUGCAGAGUCCUCUUUGAAAAUUGAGUUCCUUGAUGAGUGUUAUGGCAAGGACUUGGAAGAAUCAUCUAACUUCUUGGUGAUGGAAGCUGGGGCUGUGGGCGUGAAUAAGCAAGGAAAAACUGAACCACUCAAGCAGUGUGGGAGAAAUCCCCUUUCUUCCAAAGAAAUUUCUCAAGGAAAAAUGGUUGUCUGCAGUCUUGAAAGAAAUGCAGUGCAAAAGGAGAAUAUUAAGCUGAAGACUAUAAGAAGAUCACUUAGCUCCUGUAAACUACCUGAGAAGAUUUCUAACCCUACUGAAUUAAUGAGCAACAAAUAUCUCCUUGAGGCACAACUGCAGAAAACCAAUAAAGAUUCACAAGAACUGGACAGUGUCUGCAAUAGCCAGCAUUUGGUUUUGCCUGUAACUACAAAGUCUUCAGUGUUACAGGAUGUAGCCAAAAGACAGAAAUCUCUUUCUACAUGGUAUUGCGGACUGGAAGGUUUCUUUGUUGUAGGCGCAAACCCUAAACAAGUAAUGCGUGAAGCACGUUCUUCAUUGUGUGCUGACUCUAGCCCUAUGGACAGUAGUAUCCUGUUUCCAGUUUCAGGAAAUAGAAAGUGGGUUACUGAAAGGAGCUUAAGUGAAUAUGCUGAUGACUCUGUAGUUCAAGGUGUCUUAAAGAGUCAGUUGAAUAGACCUUCAAGUUGUUUGGAGAGUCAAAAUAGAAUUUCUCCCAUGAUGGUAGCGUGGAAAUCAUACCCAGGGGAUGAUUCUAGAAGACCUUGGUCAACAAAUAUGCUACGUUGUAAACUGACUGGAAAUUGUCCAACAAACACAAAGCCAAGACCAACGAGUUCACCUAUGCAUAUGUUUAGAGCUGAUACUGAGACAUCAAAACACAAAUGCCUUGAUGUAACUAAACAAGAUGAGUAUCUUUGGGAAUAUGUUGCUGACCAAGAAGCCCUACUUAAUCUGGAAAAAGAAUUAGAAAGUUAUAUACUUACUCUGGAAAAAGAAUUAGAAAGUUAUACAGGUCCUGAAAAAUGUUCCAGCUUAACUUCUGAAGAUGUAACCUCUUCCAGCAGGCACUCAGAGAAGGUAUAUGGAAAUACUACAGAUCUCCAUAAAAACCUGGGGCUAAAAGACCACAGCAGAGUUGAUACUCUGAGGGGCUGGGAUGAAAGCCAAAUGGAUGAUGAGGAAGAAAUUCUGGAGGAUAAGCAACAGGUUCUUGCAUUACAGUGA